AAAAUCGCAUCGCUGGUGGUGUUUUGGUUUUGGCUGGAAGGCUGCGCCCACGCGGGACCGCUCCGGGGAAAAGUGGAGCCGAGGGUUUUCCAGGAGCUCCCCAUCGCUCCGGAUCGCGGCCGGGGAGCCGGCCGGGCUUUGGGGAGGCCCCGCACGAGAUGUACCAGAGCUUAGCCAUGGCAGCCAACCCCGGCCCUCCGGCGUACGAGGGGGCAGGUGGCUUCAUGCACAGCGCGGCCGCAGCGUCCCCGGUCUAUGUGCCCACCACGAGGGUCACCUCCAUGCUCCCCAGCCUGCCCUACCUGCAGAGCAGCGGCUCUUCCCAGCAAGGCAGCCCCGUCUCCAGCCACUCCAUCUGGACUCAGCCCGGAGCCGAAAGCGCCGCUUACAACCCUGGAUCUUCUCAUCCUCCCGUGUCACCUCGGUUCUCCUUCUCCACCAGCACCCCCAUCCCGGCCACCUCUUCCCGGGAAGCGGCGGCGGCUUACAGCAGCUCCUUGAACCUUUCUGCUAACGGGAGGGAGCAGUACAGCAGGGGCUUCGGCAGCUCCUACUCCAGCCCCUACCCGGCCUACAUGAGCCCCGAAAUGGCCACGACCUGGACUUCCUCGCCCUUCGACAGCCCCAUGCUGCACAACCUGCAGAGCCGAGGGACGCCCGCGGCCGCCCGCCACGCCAACAUCGCAGAAUUUUUUGAUGAUUAUUCCGAGGGGCGAGAAUGUGUCAACUGUGGGGCCAUGUCCACCCCGCUGUGGAGGAGGGACGGCACGGGGCACUACCUCUGCAACGCCUGCGGGCUCUACCACAAGAUGAACGGCAUCAACCGGCCCCUGUUCAAACCCCAGAGGAGGCUGUCAGCGUCCCGCCGUGUUGGGCUCUCCUGUGCCAACUGCCACACGACGACCACCACGCUCUGGCGCAGGAACGCCGAGGGGGAGCCGGUCUGCAACGCCUGCGGGCUCUACAUGAAACUCCACGGGGUCCCAAGGCCUUUAGCCAUGAGAAAAGAGGGAAUUCAGACGAGGAAACGCAAGCCUAAGAACCUUAACAAAACAAAGGCACCAGCAGGCCCAUCCAGCAGUGAGAGUCUUACCCCGACCACCAGCUCUGCCAGCAGCAGCAGCAGCACCACGACCACCGAGGAAAUGCGCCCCAUCAAAACAGAACCCGGGCUCUCAUCUCACUAUGGGCACCCCAGCCCUGUCUCUCAGGCAUUUUCAGUCUCUGCCAUGUCCGGACAUGGAUCAUCCAUUCACCCUGCGAUCUCAGCUCUGAAGCUUUCCCCCCAGGCUUACCAGUCAGCCAUGAGCCAGUCUCCCCAAACCAGCUCCAAACAGGACUCCUGGAACAGCCUGGUGCUGGCUGAGAACCACGGGGACAUCAUAACUGCAUAACCUGGCCCUUUCCCUACGAACUCCAGGCUGAUCUGCUUGAGAGAUGAAGAAGAUGCCAUGUAAUCAUCAAGUCAAUGUUGUCUCCACCUCCCCUGCUCUCCUGCCUUCUCUCCCCUUGUGAGAUGUUCCAGCAAAGAGGUAAAGAGAAUUUAUCUGAGGUGUAGGGGAGCUCUUAUGAAAUGAACAGAGAAGACUCAAAUCUCAGAGUAACUCAAGGAUUUGAAGCCUUUUCCCCCACUUUAAAUGAGCCUCUCUAUUUGACUGUCACCGCUUCCUAUGAAACAGCCAGAAACAAAGAGAUGGACACAGUUCUUGAGUUUAAUUUAACAAUAUCUGGCAUUUUAAGACUCAGACAAUGGUGGAGCAGAGACACUUCUGUCACCACCCAUUCUUUUCCCAAACAGAAGAAAAUGCCAUUGUCUUCUCAUGACCCAAAUUCAGUGAUCUUCCACCAAACGGAGCCAGUUCCAGGACAGUUUGCUGAACAGACUUCACUAGAGAUUCUUUAGUGGCUUUAAUGGAUUUGAUAUGAUGUAGGGCAGAGAAAAAAAGAGACAUUCCCCUUCCUCCUCAGCUCACACAUGUAGAGCAUUGUCUUCAUCUUCCUAGAUGGUCUGGAAAGCUCAUGAAUGUCGGUAUUUAAUAGUAACUCCCUUCCUAUUUAUCACUACGAAAUUGUGGGAUGUGUUUCCAAAAGGUUGUUGGCUGAGCCUGGAGUAGGUCUGUCCAAAGUCAAAAGGGGGAUUUUGGAAGAAGAAACCUUCUGGAAGAAGGUUGAUGAGACCCAUGCUGGUCAUCAGAUCCUGGGGGAAAUGGCUGGGCUCUUCCCUGACGUAUAGUGACUAGCCAGGCCUAGAGAUGAUUCAAGAGCACAGCAAGUGAAAGAUGCUCUUCUAAUGCUGCUGUGCCACUGCUUUUCAGACAGAUAAUUUAAUUAUUUUGCCUGUUUUUAUGUUGGUUUGGAUGCCACUGAUGAAAUCUGACUGUCACUUAUUUUUGGCUGUACUGUGAGUGCCCACUUUCCCCCUAACAGCUGGCUCGUGACCAUUUCCCACAUCUAAUCCUUUAGGAUUUCACUUUUUGCAACAAGCAGUGGCUUCAUCCCCUACUGGAGGUGGCAGGGGCCAUUUUCUUUAUCAAGCAUGUGCACAGACUUGCCUGCCUGCAAGAGAAGCACAACUCCAUUAAACAAGACUUGACUGUUUCCUUGCCCAUAAGGCUCUCACCUACCAGGGAAUCCUGGCAAAUGGAGUUGGAAGAGAUGCUGAGAGCCCAAUGACUCAUUCCCUUUUCCCAAAGGGAUCAGUCCUGCCUAAUCCAGCCCUGACUGCUCUGCCUCUGGUUUACCAAACUCAAACUCCAGCACUGCAGGCGCCACAGCUCCCCUGGGCAGUCCAAGUGCUUCACCAGAUGCUUCCCACGACGUUUGAAUCAACAUUUCCAAGGAAGGACAGCUUUGCCUGUCCAUGCAGAGAGUUCCUGGGAGACCUCAUCCUGCAAGAUUCUUCACUCUUGUUUCUGUCUGCUCCCAAGCUCUGUCACCCUUCUUGUCUUCCCAGCUCCUCUCUUUUCCUCCCCGCAUCCAGAAUUGGAGUACAGAACUACCAAGUGAAAAAUCUCUAAGGGGGAUUGUGCAGCCCUCCCAAACGUGCCACCCUCUGUCUCCCACUGUUUAACAUUCCCACAAGGAGUAUUCUUCCACACAACCUAAGGCACAGGGCCUGGUGAAGAGGAGAGCCACGGACAGGUUUGAAGCAAAAGAAUGGCGUUGUGUUGUCUGUUUGAACUCACUCUUUUCCUGCCAGUGGUGUAAAAGCUUCUCUAAGGAGAAGGAUUCAGCUGGACUGGUCGUGACUGGAGAGUCUUGGACGCUCCCACAUUCCCCAUUCUCUCCAUAGCCCAGAUUUGCAGGAUUUUGGAGGCGUGACAGAGCCUCCACACUCCCUAGAGAAAAACAUCAUGGCAAUGAUGGCAUGAGAACAGCUGGGUGGUGUUUACACCAGUUCCCACUCUGUCUUUUGGAGCUAAUGCAGUGUGUUAGCCUCAUUAGUGCUAAUUACAAAUGAGGGAAAGACAUUCAUGAAACAUGAAUAAAAAAGAAAUUAAAUUCUUUGAUUUUGUUCAGACCUGCUAGGCUUUAGAGAAAAGGCCAGAAACAGCACUGAAAAAUAUGAAUUUGAGGUGAAAACACAAAGGUGUUUCUCCAUUGGCAGGAAGACCUUUAGCCAAAUUCCUCCUUGAAGUAAAUCCCUUUGUAAAGGGCAGUUGAGUUCUCCUGGGGUCUGGCUGUGAAUUCCUGGCCAUAACACAGCAGCCUGCACCACAAAAUGCCACGUGGCUCAUGCCAGCUUUUGAGAUAUCCAGAACUACCCUGGAAAGCCCAAGAGUGAGUGGGGCCUCCUGGAGAGGAUUAGAUGUCCAGACCAACCACAUCCCCAUUUCUCUUUCCAUCUGGAGGCUCACAGGGGUUCUGUCUACCUUCCCUUCCCUAUUGCUGUGCUCCUCCUUCCCUCAAAGCCGAAUUCCCCAGUGGAAUUUUUCUCCUUCCCUUAAAACCCACUCAGAGAUGCCAGAAAGAAUUCUGCUUGUAAUGCCAGAAGGAAAAAUCUCUGCAGAACAUACCUGCCUUAUGUCCCCUUAACAGAGAUUUAUGAACUGGAUUUUAGCCCUCCUCAAAGCCUGAAAAACAAUUCUUGAAACAGAGUGAGGAGCAUUCACAAGUCCCUGCUAACAGAACAAGACAUCUGCUUUCCAAAGGCGAAGUUCUGGGGGAUGUGAGGACAGCUUUAGGGGUAGAGGACAACUCUUUAGGGGCAGAAAUUAACUCUUUUGUCCCCCUUUCUGCACCAGAAGCAGAAGUUUGGAUACACCAGGUUCAGGUCACCCAAAACUGCUGUAGAGCUGCUGUUAGACCAAGAGAUUUUGUCUUUUUCAGGCCAAUGCUGAUAUCAGGAUGGUGAGAGACUGACCUCAGAUGCAGCAUCACCAUUUCAGAUGGGGACAAACAGACAAUAAUUGAUGGGUCCCCUUCUUCAGAGCUUCUAAUGAUCAAAUUGCAGAAUAAUUUAACUCAGAAGGGAUGAAAUCAGGUCUCUCAAGGCCCUGUUCAGGCAACUUUUGAAUAUUCCUAAGGGUGGAAAUCCCACCACCUCUCUGGGUUCCUGCCCCAGUGUUUGACCAUGCUGGAAAUGUUUUUCCAAGAAUCACUGGCAAAUUAACUGCUCAUACUUGGGGAUUCCCAUGUAAGGAGUCAUUGUGGGAGGCUGGAUGUGGUCUCCAAGCCCAGGAAUCACUCAGAGCCUCGUCUUGCAGGUAGGAGCUGGGAUGGCCAGUGCAGGAUGGCAAACUCCAGAAAUGACAGACCAAGGGAAACUCACAGCACAAGAGGAUUAAAGUGCUGCCACUUUCAGGACACUCAGCUCCUUCCAGCAAGAGGAGCCAAUGAGAAAAUUCCAGGUUCCACCUGAGCUCUGCUUUCCUGCUUGUGAUGGGGGAGGCAGUUAGAGCCUUGCUUUGGGAAUGAAUUAGAUACAAUUAUUAGAGACCCAUUAAGGCAAAGUAAUUACUGGUUUUAUUAUUGCUUUUAUUGCUGGAGAACCUAGUGAGAUCCAUAGCAGGUCCUACACAAAUACAGGACCAAGAACUAUCCCUUCCCUGAGGAGCAGGAGGGAAGGGUCCACUCCCGCAAAGCACCUCAGCGCAUUUAAAAAUGCAUUUGUGGGAUCUGUUCCCCUUGAGAUCAUUCCUAAUCAGGAAAAUUUUGAUGCUGAAGGGUUUACAGCACAAGGUUUGGUUGUGUCAAACCAGACCUUGGCACUGGCCCAGUGGCCACCUAAGUGAGAUGGGCGGAUGAGAACCAGGAGAGGGAGCCAAGAAAGGUCAUUUAACCACUUCUAAAUGUCUUUGCUCUUUGUGGAAGUGCAGUAUGUUGAUUCACUUCGGUUAUUUUUUUUGUAAAUUGAUCAGACAAGGUCCACAGAUCACUUGCAAUCUUACGGGCUUGGAUGGAGAGGGUGCAAUCGGGAGGAGCUCAGGAAUAUUGCAAGGGAGCUUUAAAACCAAUCAGCAACUCUCAAUGUAACAUUGAAGCUGUGACUGUGUCAGGGGUGUGGUGUUUUGACUUUUUUUCUCCCCAGGUGUAAAGUUUGAAGCUUCCCAGGUCAUCUGGGAAGGUCUUAUGGAAACAGACACUUAUUUGUAAGGGGGAGAGGGAACCAACCAACUGAACAAGCUGUAAUUAUUUAAAGAUGUAAAAAAAUAUCUAUUCUGAAGUAGUAUGGCUACCAAUCCACGUAACUUCUACACCUUUAGAACUAAUGAAAAUAAAACAAUGAUAAUAAAACCAAAA